CUAUAAAUAUCGAACUUGCAAGCUGCUCUUGUGAUAAUGAAGCCUACGAGUCGAUUACUUGCAUUAGGGGAAAAGCUAUCAGGAAAGGAACUUGAACAUUUAUUAAAAAAGUAUAAUUACACGUGGGAAGCUUGCUGGGAAAUGGAUGACCUAUCUCCAGAAGAAGAAAGUAUGCUUCUGUCAUUUUUAUCUCGGAUGCCGAACUCCUCUGUUGAGACUGUGGCACCUCACCCUGAAGUUUUGUGCACAAGGCUUAUGACCCUUCUUCAUAAGGAUCCUCCAACUUCGGGGUUACAUAGGCAAAUUUAUUUGUACGUUACUAUAAUCGAAAAGCUACUGAACGUGUUCGAGUCUUAUAAAGGUGAAGUAGAAAGGGACAUGCUCCUUCAGGUUAUUACUCUAGCAAAAGAGAGUUUACAAGUCACACAGACAGAGUUUAAAGAGAGGAGUCUUUUCCUACAAACUUUUAUGGACUGGGAGUUAUCUUUGAGGGAAGUUUCGUCUUUAAAGCAUAAAGACUGGAAGUGCCCAACAGUUUCCUGGCUGUUGUCUGACGAACUUUUUAAUCCGGUCAAGUUACCAAAAAUGAAGAUUCCUAAUGACAAAUCCAAUGGCAUAUAUUAUUCUAUGGAAGAGUAUAUCGACACGCUAUACAAGCUUUGGGUGGCUAUUACUUUUUCCGAUGGGCAUGCAGCCUUGUCAGUGAGGUGCAAGGUAUCCGAAAGAGUUAAUAAGCAACCUUGUGCUUCCGUACUUCGCCCUAAAGCGGCCUUUCAAGACCUGCCUACUUGUGGACAUAGCAACACAGUCGUGUAUUGCUGCAAUUUUAGAAAUCAUCGUAGAUCCUCUAUUUGUGAAACUUGUUAUAAGAUUUGCCAGAAAAGUAUUUUAGGUGCUACAAAUAACAAGUCUUCAACCGAUAUUUAUGAUGCCACUCUAAGAAGGUAUGAGCAAAAGGGCAUUUUGUUUUUUAGCAAUGUGGUAACGAGGCGCCCUCCUAAUGUAACGAUCAACUGGUCCACGACAUAUAGGCUUUGUGCCCCUGCCCUUGUGGGCCUGGUGAAGAUUGCUCGGCCAAACUGCGCGAUCACACCUCUGGAUAGGAUUUUUUGGGGUAAAGUGGAGCCCUAUACUCAUGACAGGAGAGAGGAUAUCUCCAAUCGUGCCCGUGGUAAUUUAAAGGUCUCUCUUAUCUCCUGCCUUGACGAGUUGCCGAGGCUAAAGUUUUAUGAGAACGCAUCCUAUGCUAUCAUCGAUUGCAGGACUUUUGUCCCCGAACCUUUACCGGUCCUCAAUGUGUUUGAGCACGAUGCUGUCGAUGACUUUCCGUUGGCGAAAUAUUUAAAUAUAAACCCAGUGUGCAUUGAAAAGGAAGAGCUUACGUGCUUAUUAGAUAGUAGCUCUAAUCAAGGAGACCUUUCAGUAGAGUGGGGAUCAAACCUGCCUUUUCGAAUUCAUAUUGAGAAACUUAUUGAAACGAGUUAUUUAGAACCCUUCAAAGUUAUAAGGAAAAACCCAGAACUCCAUCAAAAAUGCAAGAAGGAGCUUUCUAGCCUCGUGGAUUCGUUAACUCUUGACCAUGAGCAACUAAAAAGUCUUAUCUGCGCGCUGCAGUAUCCUGUGCACUUAACUCAAGGCCCUCCGGGUACCGGAAAAUCUUAUCUUGGGGUCAGUUUAGUUAAAGCUUUACUAGUUGUGAGAAAGUGUUAUAUGGAGUGCUUAAAUUUGGUUAACGGAUAUCCUAUACUAAUUUUAUCUUAUAAGAACCAUGCAAUAGAUGAGUUUUUGCUAGACUUAGCAAAGUCUAGUAAAUUGAGUAUGAUCCGCUUCGGAAAGUGCACCGAGCCGGGUCUGAGCUGGUACCUACAGCGCCCAGGCCGACGUAAUGAUUACAUUUCAGUUCCAAGGAAACUAGUAGAGUUGUUAGAUCACGUGGACGCGUUCUCUAGAAGAGCGGAAGAAUUUCUCUUAAGUAAAGAUUUGUUUUUUUGCAAAAAAUUUAAUGCAAAAAAUAUAAGCUUCCCACCGUCAAAAAGACUAAAAGAUUCCGUUGAGAUCUUUUUGGAUAUCAUUUGCAAACUAGAAAUCUUGCAUAAAGCGAACGAAAAAGUGUUAGAGAGUGCAUAUGGGGGGAACGAAGCGCUAGAAAAGGAAAUACAUUUUUUUACUGAGCUCUUUCUAAAAAAUGCAAGAAAGAACAAUGUACUUAAAGUUCUCCAGGAAGAGAUAAUGCACCUAGGGAUUUUUAGUGAGGAGGAUAUGCUUUUCAGGUGGCUAAUGGGUUGGAAACCACAUGCGAGGUGCACUGUAGAGGGUUGUCCCUUCCCGGUAAUACCCAAUCCGGAUUCCUCAUUUUGCCGGGUGCACAAAUGCGAGUACUCGGGUUGUGAAGGAAAAAAGUGCAUGAAAAGUAGUGUUGAGCUCAUUCCGUUUUGUCAAAUUCACUGCUGCCGGGAAGAGACCUGCGUUAAAGUCAUCCUGAAAGACAGCUCUUAUUGUGAAGUGCACACUUGCAUUAAGUGCAUAGAACUUAAAAUUUUUCCUCCAAAUUUAUCAAUUUAUGACUACCCAAAAAACGUAUGCGAGAUACACGAACUUUGUUCUGUUGUAAACUGCUUUGAACUUAUAGCUAAAAAUGGAAGAUGCACAGUGCACCAGAGAAACAAGUGUUUAGCCAUGCUCGAGGAAGGCCUCAGAUGUAAAAAAUGGGCUUGCAACGAGUCAAAAACUCUAUGCAAAUUGCAUUUUCAAUCUCAUGGAAGAGUGAAAAAUAAUAAAAACAAGAAAAAUAAAACCAAGAAAAAGUUAUUGUACGAGGACAGAAGCGACUUAACCAAAAAAGGCCCGUUGAUAAGUUUUGUGGAGGACCAAAAAGAGGAUGAAAGGCAGCAGGCUGAAGAGCAAUGCUAUAAAAAAUUAUGCGAAGAUAGGAAAGAAGGCUGGAAGGAAACGUUUUCUUCACUGAAUUUAAGAAGUGAAAUGCACAGAGCUCGAUUAGAAGAAGACAAACACAAGCACGAGCAGGUUGAUGAGGCCUGCGACACGAGAGAAGGUUCGGCUGGAUGUGAACCUCCUGGUUAUCCUAUUAAUCUCAGUUGGGGGUCAACUUUAGGAGAGCGAUGGGCUCAAGCAAAAUAUCUAACUUUCCAAUCGAAAAGUUAUCUGACUGAUGUAAGAAAAAGAUUGGUGGAGCUAUACUAUAUAGAAAAAGAGAAGGCGAUUAAGACACAGGCAAAAGUAGAUGCUAAGGAAUUUGAGCGAGCUCAAGUUUUAGGAGGGACAGUAGUAGGCUGCAUAUCGAGGUUGGAGUCCAUUAGGAAAUCCAACCCGUUUGCCAUAGUAGUCGAGGAAGCCAGCGAGGUCGUGGAGCCCCUUCUUUUCGCUUCUUUUGUCAAAUCACUCACUAAAAUUGAGCUCAUAGGGGAUCAGAGGCAAUUAAAGCCCUCGAUCAAUAAGUUUGAAUACGAAAUAAUUAAUAACAUGAACAUUUCAAUGUUUGAGCGGUUAAUCUGCUGUGGAACUAUUGGAUAUGUGCCUAGAAAUUAUUUGCGCGUGCAACGGAGGAUGCGCCCGAACAUAGCUGAUUUGACUCGAAAACUUUAUGAGGACCUCACGAAGAUACAAGACGAGCCUUGUUGCCUUUCUAAAUGUAUAAAUGGGGGAAGCUUGAAUAACUUAAAAUCCCUGGGAUCUGAGAGGGGUAUAGAGCUGCAAGACUACGGCGGCUAUGGCCGAGAGGUCCCUGGUGUUAUCCCUCAUCUAUUUUUCUGGCUUCACAGUGGCCGACAGACGCACGCAGCUGUUGGUUUAUCGAGAAAAAACGAGCUGGAGGUUCAAAUGGUGAUAAAGCUAGUAAAACAUAUAAACUCGGCUGGUGUCGAUUUAAACUGUAUUGCAGUGCUAACCCCUUACAAGGGCCAACUUCUAGCCUUAAGAAAGGGGCUUCAACAACAAAAAUUAUUUAAUUUUGGUGAUAAAAAUACCAUAAGAUUAUCCACAAUAGAUAGGUUUCAGGGGGAUGAAGAAGACAUUGUGGUUGUGUCAUUGGUGCUCGACCAAUUCUCUAGAACAACAUUUAUUAAGCAAGUGAAUAGAAUGAUUGUACUUUUAUCGAGAGCAAGAAUAGGUCUAUACCUAGUUGGUAAUGAAACUUAUUUCUCCCUAAAAACCGGAGCUCUACCCGACCAUUGGAUAAACGUUAUAAAAUACAUGCAACUGCCUCUGCCGUAUGAUACCGCUAUUGAUCCAAAUAGGGAGAUUGUACAAGCUUAUAGCCAAAAAAACAUAGGGAAGUUUCUUCCCAUAUGCUGUGGAAAACAUCGUUCUUCCAUUUUCUUGUUAAAGGAAGACGUUCCAGUACCCAAAAAUAUAUGUAAGGUCUUAUGUACAGCCAAAUUAGCAUGCGGGCACGCUUGCGGCAAGCUGUGUCAUUGGCCCUCAGAAAGACAUCAAGAUCUGUGCAUGGAAGAGCUGGAGGCUCCUUGCCUAUCGCAUCCGCGCAUCUACAAAUGCCACGAAAUUGUGGAUCCUUCGUACAAUAAGAUUACCUAUGAAUCCUCUGUGGCUUCUUCCGUGCCCCUUUUUCAGCUUUGUCUCGAAAAAAAAGAGUGCUCUGCUCUCGUUGAGAUAAUAUUGAGAUGUGGGCACACAGAAGAAGUGAAAUGUUCGGAGAACAGUAGUUUGAACAGCGAUUCUAAAAAGAGAGAAGAAUUUUUAAGUACCUAUGUCUGUAAAAAAGUGAGUCCUUUGAAGUUUUAUAGACCGAGUUGCAACCAUGAAGAGGUUCUUCUCUGCUAUCAGUAUCACCGACUAAAAAGGAAUCCAGCCCUUUGUCCUCCAUGCCUAGAGCUUGUAGUGUACACGCCCCUAUGCAAUCAUUCAAUUAAAGUAGAGUGCUGGAAAAGUCGGCAAUACCACUCGGGGACACAGUUUGUAUGCAAGGAAACAGUGGAAACCGUACUUCCCCGCUGCGGUCAUAAGGCGUACGUCCCUUGUGUUGAAAUGGAGGCUUUGGGUAAGUGGAGCGGAAACCCUUGCUUAACUGACACCGUUAAUUACAACGAGAUAUAUGGAAGAAGGGAUUUUAAAUGCACGGAAUUGGCUACUUUUAAGCGUUCUUGCGGUCAUUUGGAGAGGGUCUGCUGCUUUGAAGCAUUCCAGUGGACGGGAACAACCCCACCAAAAUGCACCCAAAACUUAACAAAUGUGCCUGAUUUAGUGUGUGGGCAUGUCUUUUCUAUUGAAUGUGGUGAAUUAUUUCAAACCCUGAAAAAUCUGCAGCGUCGCUACACGCAUCUUUUUGGCGGUCUCGACUUAGCUCAUACGCCCUUCGAUGUUUUGCUUAGAAAACUUGAAUUAUUGGCGCCAGCUCCUAUAAACUUUUUCUCUAAAAAGGACGGAAUUUUUUAUAACAAUGGCCCGCCAUCUUUCGUACCUUGUGCAGUGACUGUGUCAAUUGAGUACGAAUGCGGGCAUAAAUCUGCCGUCCCCUGUUGUAAGGCUAAGAAUUGGGUUCUUCUGUGUAAUUCUGCACAGCUCUCAGACUCAAGGCACGCACUACGUUGCGAAGAAGUUGUGGAAGCAACCAACCCCAUUUGCUACCACCAAGUAAAACUGCAAUGCCAUUUAAAUAAGCUGAUCAGCGAACUUCGAGUUUGGCCUGAUGAAUUUUAUUUAAAUGGAGCUGUUGAAACCCUUAGGGUAUCAGGUGUUGUAGAGGAGAAUCACAUGCCCUCAUUAGCCGGCCUACAACAGAGCUUAAAAACCGUUUUAGUAAGUUGCAAAGAGUCGGUAUUGGUGAAACUCUCGAGCUGCGGGCACCUUCUGCAACGACCUUGCACAACAGCCUUUAGCGGGGCGAAAAGAGGUGCUCUAAAAUGCGCUUCAGAAAUUUUAUAUCCUUGCGAUAACUGUGGAAAAGAUAAGAUUGUGCCUUGCGAGAUAAAGGAAGAGAGCAAGAAAAAAGCCUACCAAUGCAAAAAUAUAUCAGAAAAGAAGUGUGCUAAUUACAUUUGGUGUCAGAACACAGUUCCUCUACCCUGUGCGUACUUCACCAAGGUUAUCUGCCACGGCGUUUAUGUGUGGACUUGCGCAUUGAACCAAGAAUCGCAUUUUAUAAAACUAAGAUGCAACGGUGAGACACCGCCUUUUUGUCCUUUUUGCGAGCAAGAGAAAGCGAAAGAUGAGAUUUUUAGCUUGCAAUAUGAACUUUCUGAUGAAACAGUCAUACUAAACAAAUACGCAGGCAAAGCUCUCGGUACGUUAGAGGAUGCCAUCACGCUUAGCGGUAUUGAUAACAUUAAACAAGAAGUAUGCGGAAAGACUUUUGUGGAAGAGCUGGAAGGUAAAUUAAGUUGCCAAUACGAAGCCAUUACCCAAUGUGCAAACCUGCGAGAAAGAGUUCGCUUCCAAAGUUGCGCUUUACCCGUAUUUCUCGUGAUCAAGAAGAGACAAUUCGAAUCUAAGUUUAAUUUUUCAAUGGUCGCAAAGGAAAACCCUUUAGGAAAAGGCGUUCUUUUUAAACUGUUGCAUCGCUGCAACCUCGUGCCACAAGAUAGCAGCAAGUCUACUUUGUCUAACAAAGACUUUGGCCAGGUAUGCGUCCCCGUUCACUUGGCGCUGGGGCUUGGGAUCACCUACAAACCAUUAAUUCUUAACUUUGGAGACCCCGAGAGUCUGAAAAAGAAGUCCUUAAAAAUAAAUAGGGCGGAUGGUUUUGAUGCUGUCAUUAACAAAGCUCGGAAUGAGAUUUUAUUUUGGGAACCGAAAUGUGUGCUAAUCACGCACAAAGUGUUAUUAAAAAACGACUCCUCCAGCGCAACUUUUUUAAGCUGUUUUCCUGAAGCGUUCUCACUGUAUAACUCUUUAAAAAUUGAAUUUUUUGGUCAAGAUGAGGUUGGAGACGGUGAUCUAUUGGUUGAAAUGCCGAAAACUUCUGUAGCUGAAACCACAGCCAUAACGGGAGUGAGUAUCAAGCCAUCGGUUAAGCUAAAGAAGCUUCUUUGUAAAGUUCUAAAAAAUUAUGCCCAAGUGUUUAUUUCUGAAGACAUGAUAGACUUUGAAAGUUGGGACGGCUUAAGUCUUAACAUUAAAGAGGAGUCCUUUGUUAAGUCUCGUAUGACUUAUUUUACCAGGGAAUCCCAAAGAACUUUUUCAGGCGUUAAGUGCUUGGAAAACUUGUGCUUGCAAGAACCAUUCGCGUUCCUGCUAUUAUUUUUCGAAACUUACCACUUAAAAUUUCUAGAGGAAGCAAAAACUUCCUUAGUUAACUAUCUUAAAACGGUGAGUUGUCACAUCCACCCUCUCUUACUUCUCGCCUUAGCACGUCUUUUUGAGUUGGAGAAUGAAACCGUUUUAACAGGCUCAAGUCAAUUCAAAAAUGAGAAGAUCAUCUGCUAUUCUCACUUUUUGCUUUUCGCAAAUACUGAAGAGAAGCGACAGUUAUGGCUUUCAUGUGAUGAGUUGGAGAGACUUAAAAGGAUGGAGGAAGGAGAAAAGCCAGAACACUGCGAAGCUAACGUGAACCCCACUGUGGAGGCUAAAACGUCUAUAGAGGACCAAUGGGAGGAAUUAAAAGUUACUUCUAACAUAAGCUCUAUUUCUACUGAUAAUAUAAUGAGGCUGACCGGGUUGCAAAAAGUUAAAAAGGAAGCCUUAAACCUUGUGAAGAUGAUAAACUUACUUAAGUCUGCUAAGACUCCUAUGGUUGUUCCAUUUAACUUCUCCUUCGAGGGAAACCCAGGGACUGGAAAAACGACUGUCGCUAGACUGUUUUCUGGGAUAUUUAAAGAAUUCGGCUUUCUUCCUCGGAAAUCCAACGAAUUUGUAGAGAUUAGUGUGCAUGAACUAAAGGAAAAGUCGAGUGAAGAGUUGGACGCAUUGCUAAAGACAACCACAUUUAUUUUUAUUGACGAAGCUUAUUUAUUGGAUCCCAAAAAUGAUCCCAGCGGGGCGAGAGUGGCCGAUAAGUUGUUGUCGGUAGCUGAGAAACAUAGGGGACGGGUGUCAAUAGUCCUCGCUGGUUACGAAGAGGAAAUGGACAAAAAGUUUUUUGCAUAUAAUCAAGGACUUCGAGGCCGCUUUAAGACAGUUAAGUUUGAAAAUUUUACCAAAGAGGAAUUAAAGAAAAUUUGGGUUGAUACUUUAAAACAAAAUGGUUUCAAAGGCGAUAAUACCUUAGCGAAUGUGGUGUGCAGGCGCCUUGAAAAAAGAAGUACAGAAAAAGAUUUUGGAAAUGCUCGAGCGGUAAGGCAAACUUUCGAAGAUGCUGUUAAUUCUGCCGCAGGGCGUGUUCAAACAGGCGAUUUAAAACUAAUUGUUGAGGACGUUUUGGGGCCAAGAGUUGACUGCAAUGAUGAAAAAAUUAAACCACUCCUAGAUAAAAUUUACCAAAGUUAUGGAUGGAAGAGAGUAGCAGAGGCUGUGCGAGAUUUGAUCGCAGUAGUUCAGAAAAAUUAUGAUAGAGAAAUAGCAGGAGAAACCCAACUUCCCCUGCAAAAGAACCGAGUUCUUCUCGGAAGUCCAGGAACGGGGAAGACUACAUUCGCUAAGCUGUAUGGGCAAUUGCUAAAAAAUCUCGGGAUCUUAUCUAAGGGGGAGGUGGUAGAAGCCACCUCCAGUGAUCUUAAAGGGGCCCACAUAGGUGAAUCAACCUCGAAGACAAAGGCCAUGGUCGAGAAGUGCAGGGGAAAUGUCCUGAUUAUCGACGAGGUCUACACCUUGGAUGACACAACGUUUGGAAAAGAAGUUUUGGAUACACUCGUCGAAAAGGUGCAGGGGGCCGCCGAUGAAGACAUUGCCGUUCUACUUUUGGGUUAUGAAGAACAAGUUGUUCGAAUGUUUAACAAUCAGAACCCUGGACUAAGGAGGAGGUUCCCCCUUGAAAGCGCCUUUCAUUUUGAGGAUUUCAAGUUAUCCGAACUUAUGGAAAUAUUCAAGGCUCUUUGCCAACAAGAAGGAAUUGGGUACACCUUAAGCGCCCUCAAAGAAGUGGAAAAUGUUCUUGAUAACCAAAAAUGCUCUUCUCUUGCUGGUUUUGGGAACGCAGGAGCCGUAAACAAUCUGUUUAAGAGCGUUAUAUCCAGGUGUAGUCGAAAGGACAGAGGCAUAAAACUUACCAUCGAAGCUGAAGACGUCCGAGAAUUAAAAAAGGAUGAUCCUUACGCUAUGCUAGACCAGCUCUACAAUAUUAACUCCGUCAAAGAAACUAUAAAAAAGUUGGAGUGCAAGUUUUUACUAGCCGAAAAGGAAGGAGCUGCUACAGAACCAAUAGGACACUUCAUUUUCACGGGUUCUCCUGGCACUGGAAAAACUACGGUGGCCAGGAUGCUGGCUUUGAUACUUUACAGAAUUGGAAUUAUUUCCUCUCAAACUUUUAAGCAAACUUCUGGUCUAGAGCUCACAGGCAAUUUCGUGGGGCAGACCAAGUCAGUAGUCAUUGAGAAGCUCAAGGCCGCUACGGGUGGAGUGCUGCUUAUUGACGAGGCCUACGAGCUUGGUAAAGGGCCCUUCGGGACAGAAGCCUUGACCACUCUCGUGGAGUGCAUGACCAACCCGGAGUAUUCCGGAGUGGUCAUUAUAAUGGCGGGCUAUAAAAGUGAUAUUGAUAGCAUGCUAAAUACAAAUGAAGGAUUGAAGUCUCGUAUGCGCAACUAUAUUGAGUUUAAAGACUGGACAGUAGACGAUUCUGUCCAGUACUUCUUACUCCAAAUGAACAAAGAGCAUUACAAGCUUUCUUCUGAGUGCGAGAAAGUUUUAAAGCAAGCAAUCGAAGGCAUUAAAAGCCAAAAGGGUUGGGCGAAUGCUCGUGAUGUGAAUACUUUAUAUUUAAAGGUUAAGGAGCAAAGAGCUUAUAGGAUAAUGACGAGUAACGAAAACUCUUCCGAGCUGUCCUUCGAGAUUCAAGACAUAAAGGAUAUGGCUGCAGAUAUCAUUAAGCAGCGAAAUCCACUAAUCACCGACGUAGAAGGUAUUUUUGACGACUCGGACCCCUUCAAACCAUUAAACAAGCUAUACAAUGUCGAGCAUAUACGUGAUGAAUUUAUAAGAAUACAAGCCUCUUACGCCAUGACUGCAAAGGAAAGCAAAAAGCCUAGUCCCUUGGGACACUUUCUCUUUGUGGGCAGACCGGGGACGGGUAAAACUACAGUGGCGCGGAUGCUGGCCAAGAUACUUUUUAAGCUGAAGAUAAUACCAUCUCCUAAUUUUAGAGAAACAUCUGCCACUAAUUUAACCGCUCAGUUUGUUGGUCAAACUAAAGAGAGAGUGAAGGCUCAACUAAACGAAGCCAGAGGCGGUGUUCUCUUUAUUGAUGAGGCCUACGAGCUAGGCAAAGGCUCCUUCGGGGAGGAGGCAAUGACGACUCUCCUUGAGGCUAUGACUCAUCCUCUCUACGACGACCUCGUUAUUGUGAUGGCUGGUUACAAGGACGAAAUGACUGAGAUGCUGAAUCGAAAUCCAGGCCUUAAAUCAAGGUUUGGUCGCACUAUCGAAUUUAAGGAUUGGGCUCCUGAGCAUUGUUUACAAUACUUUAAGCAUAAGAUGAAAGAAAGUGGUUACAAGCUCGAAGAGGGCGUGGAGCGGAUAUUUGUACAGUUAGUGACUGGGAUUAUCCAUCAGAAAGGUUGGGGAAAUGGAAGAGAUGUAUCUAAAAUAAUUCAAGAGCUUAAAGGACAAAUAUCUUAUAGACUGCUUUCCUCUUCCGAGGAAAAUGACACUGCUUCGAUUAAGUUGGAGGAUAUAAAGCCAGUAGCUUCGAAAAUGAUCAAAAGCAGAAAUGUAUUACUUAAGGACAGUGAGGAUCUAUUUGAAGACAGAGAUCCCUACGAAGAGUUGGGGAAGCUUCGAGGCAUGGAACAUAUAAUAAAAGAACUGCGCAAACUCGAGGCGAGCUUAGAAAUCUCAAAAGUGGAGAACGGGAAGCCUACAACUGUCGGUCACUUUCUUUUUAUUGGGUCUCCAGGAACCGGAAAAACCUCGGUGGCGAGAAUGCUGGCCAAACUUCUCUUUAAGCUCAAGGUGCUCCCAUCACCGAACUACCAAGAAACUUCGGGCCUUAAUUUGACGGGCGAGUACGUUGGCCAAACAAAAGAGAAGGUCAAAAGACUGCUAAGCGAGGCCCAGGGGGGUCUUCUAUUCAUCGACGAGGCCUAUGAGCUGGGAAAUGGCUCUUUUGGCCAAGAAGCCAUCACGAUGCUUGUCCAGGCAAUCACGGAUCCGCUUUACUCGAGUUUGGUGAUUGUGCUCGCUGGAUACAAGCAGGAAAUGAGCGAGAUGUUAGACCGCAAUCAGGGUUUAAAAUCCAGAAUUACAAGGCUCUGGGAAUUUAAAGACUGGACCGUGCAAGACUGUGCCGAUCACUUUACCAGUUUACUUGAAAGUGAAGGUUUCAAACUCGGGGAGGGGGUUGUAAAAGAGCUAAAGUGCCUCUGCACAGAGUUGAUUGCUCUCCCCGGUUGGGGAAACGGUCGUGAUGUCGUCGAAAUGGCCAAAAAAGUGAAAGAGGAAAGAGCUUUAAGGGUGUGGGAGGUCUCCGGUAGUUAUAAUAUUGCUCAAAAAGUCAUCGAACUACGAGACUUUUGCACCGUAAAAAGCGAAUUUUUAAAACAAAGAGUAUUGGUUAGGGCUGAGGAGCGUUCACCCCGGAAAGAGCUUGCCAGCUUUACGAAGACUCAUAGUUCCUAUAAACAACUGCCACAGGUCAACUUUAAUGAACCAAUGGAAAUGAUUGAAAUAUGCCCUGAAGAGUCCAAAGCCAAUGAGGUGCGUCUAAAAGAGGAGAGGCUCCAACUCACCGCAAACGUAGCAGACCAGGCAGAAGAUGAGCAAAAAGGAGACCUAAUGGGUAUUUUAGAAAAGGAAGGGUUGAAUAAGUGCCCACGAGACUCGGGAGUUUCCGAAGAAGUGUGGGCUUCGUUACUAAGAAAUAUAAAAAAAGAAAACGUUAUGUGCAGAGUGGUAAAAAAAACCAAAGUUAGUUUGGAGGUUCUCCAAGAAGAGUCUUCUACUAAAAAAGAGGAAUAUCUAAAUAAAAAAAAGGAGAUUAAAGAGGCUCAAAAAAGAUUGGCCUUUCAAGAGAAUGAGGAACAAAAAAGAAUCUUAAAGAAUAACUUGAAAAAAUUGGAAGAGAAAAAAAAACUAAUAAAGCUUGAGAAAAUUAAAAAAGAAGAAGAGCUGAGACUUAAAAAAGAAGAACUUAGAAAGCUUAAGCUGAUCCAAGAAGAAAAAAGAAAGAUUCAGGAAAAAUUAAAAGUUAUACGUAAGUGUCCCCAAAACUACGACUGGAUCCCAGAACAAAAUGGUUGGCGUUGCAAGGGUGGGGGUCAUUUUGUGACAAAGGAAGAAUUAAAUUCUAAGUUUACUUUUGAAAUCACCCGUUCACAAUAAAAUUGAGCCUUCAUUGUAA